GAUUGGCGACGAUGAGGCUUAACCGGAGGACAUCUGACUGCGAGAGCGCGGAUUGCAUCGAUAUGGUGAACAACGACCUCGAUGAAGAGGAUAUCGAGGAGGUUCUCGAGAGUCAUAAUCGUUAUCGCGUUGUCAUUGCGAACGGCAAGGAGAGUCGCGGAAAUCCUGGGCCGCAGCCCGCCGCAAGGACCAUGAUGGAAUUGAUCUGGGACGACGAACUUGCCGUUAUAGCUCGUCGAUGGGCGCUGCAGUGCAAGCUCUUCGAGAAGGAUCAGUGCCGAGAUGUUGAACGAUUUGGAGUGUGGCAGAACGUAAAUGUACUCGACAUGGACAGCGUGGAAAAUAGCACCAGUAGGGGAAGAAUUCACUUUCAUAUUACAUCGUGGUACGACGAGGUGGAACACUUCGACAACGCGGAAGUCGGACUAGUGAACUAUUCUAACGCGGCGUGGCAACUCUCCUCUUACAUUCCCCUCGCAUCGGCGACGUUCAUUUACGUAGGUUGCGGCCGCGCGAUUUACACGCUCGACUUGAGCAAGACCGCGAUGGCGCCAGGCGGGUUUGGGAAUCAGGUCGAAGUACUCGUGUGUAAUUACGGACCCGUCGAUCGCACAGCAUCCCAGCAACUUUACACGCUCGGCCGACCGGGCCUGUGCCCGCUUGGAACCCUCCUCAGCGACCGUUACCCAUCUCUCUGCAGAACGAUACAGGAUUCGCCAUUUCCGGGCAAAUUAAGCCGAAGAUCGCACGUAAGAAAUGAGCAACGGAUAAGCAAUCGUACGUCUUCUACUGUCUAUAUUAUCUCUUUGAGUCAGGUAUUGUUAUUGUGUACAAUAUCGCUAUACUUAACGCUGCGGUUAUUGUUGUAUCGUAGAUAA